AUGAGCACUCACAACGACAGCCUCGGGUGGGCCAAUGGCUCCGGCAACUUCAGCCUCGAGGAGCCGGAGAACCAGUUCAUCCUCCCCUGGUGGAAGCAGCUCAUCUGGACCUUCCUCUUCGCCGGCAUGGUCAUCGUGGCCACCGGGGGCAACCUCAUCGUCAUCUGGAUCGUCCUGGCCCACAAGAGGAUGAGGACCGUCACCAACUACUUCUUGGUGAACCUGGCCAUCGCCGACGCAAUGGUCUCCAGCCUCAACGUCACCUUCAACUACACCUACAUGGUCAACAGCGAUUGGCCCUUCGGUCGCCCCUAUUGCAAGAUCAGCCAGUUCGUCGCCGUUCUCUCGAUAUGUGCCAGCGUCUUCACUCUCAUGGCCAUCUCCGUUGACAGGUCAGUCCUAAUAUAUUAUUAA